AUGGGAUGGAUCGGCUCUGGCACAGUUCAUCCUGUUUCCGUAGAGCCUAUCAGCACAUUCGGUGCCAACACCGGGCUAAGGCGUGCAUGUUUUGAAGCUGCAGGCGCUCAUCCUGCGAGUGAAGAACUCCAUCCUACAACAAGGCAGCUGAGAGGAAUCCAUCUUUCCGUCCCGUAUUUGGAGGGACGCCUCUUGAUGCCUAGCGACGGCCCUACAUUGACCAAGAUGGGAGAGGCGGCCGGUCGGCAGGAUUGGCGAUACCGCGUACACGCUGGCGAAUUCGGGAAGCUAGCCGGGGUACCGCUGUCGCCAUUGGCGAUACAGGUCAUCGAACGUCGGAUAAAAGUCUGGGAUUGA